CCAAGAGUCGCCAAAACGACGUCCUUCAUCCUCCUCCCUUCUUCCUUCACUUCUAAAUCUCCCUCUUUGCUACCCCGCGCAGCUAGCUCUGCCUUUCGCCAAGCUCAAGUGCUUCACUGCACUUUACUCUACACCACCACACGUCACUACGCAAAAUCAAGACGCACAAUGCCUCCCAAGAAGCAAGUCGUCGAGGAGAAGAUCCUCCUGGGCAGGCCCGGUAACAACCUGAAGAGUGGAAUUGUUGGCCUUGCAAACGUUGGAAAGUCCACCCUCUUCCAGGCCAUUACCAAGUGCAACCUGGGAAACCCGGCCAACUUCCCCUACGCCACCAUCGACCCUGAGGAGGCACGUGUCAUCGUCCCCGAUGAGCGCUAUGAUUGGCUUUGCGAAAAGUACAAUCCCAAGUCGCGCGUGCCUGCCAACCUUACGGUGUACGAUAUCGCUGGUCUGACGAGAGGUGCCUCCACUGGCGCUGGUCUUGGUAACGCCUUCUUGUCGCACAUUCGCGCCGUCGAUGCCAUCUUCCAGGUCGUUCGUUGCUUCGACGAUGCCGAGAUUAUCCACGUCGAGGGUGACGUCAACCCUACCCGUGAUCUCGACAUCAUCAGCGACGAGCUGCGGUUGAAGGAUAUCGAGUUCACCGAAAAGGCCCUCGAGAACCAGAAGAAGAAGACUCGCUCUGGUGGCAAGGGCCUCGAGCACAAGAAGGCUAUGGAGGAGCAGGCUACCAUUGAGAAGAUUCUUCAGCACUUGAAGGACGGCAAUGAAGUCCGCAAGGGUACCUGGGGCCCCAAGGAGAUCGAGGUCAUCAACCCCUUGUUCCUCCUUACCGCCAAGCCCGUCGUCUACUUGGUCAACCUCUCGGAGAAGGACUUCAUUCGCAAGAAGAACAAGUAUCUUCCCAAGGUUGCCGAGUGGGUUAAGGAGCACGCCCAAGGCGACCCCAUCAUCCCCAUCUCCGUCUCUUUCGAGGAGCGUCUGACCCGCUACGAGACUGAGGCCGAGUCCAAGGAGGAGCAGAAGAACGUUGGCGCCGAGUCCGCUCUGCCCAAGAUCGUUCUUCAGAUGCGCAAGGUCCUCAACCUUGGCAGCUUCUUCACCACCGGCACGGACGAAGUCCGCCAGUGGACUCUCCGCAACGGCACCAAGGCGCCCCAGGCUGCUGGUGUCAUUCACACCGACUUUGAAAAGACCUUUAUUCAAGUCCUCGUCUACAACUUCACCACGCUGAAGGAGCUCGGCACUGAAGCCGAGGUCAAGGCUAAGGGCAAGGUGAUGACGAAGGGCAAGGACUACGUUGUGGAAGAUGGAGACAUCUUGCUCAUCAAGGCCGGUGCUGCCAAGGAUCCCUUCAACCUUCAAUACGAUGUCUCAACCUCCAAUAAAUCGUGGGCAUGGACGAAACAUAUCAGUGACGAGGCGGAGUGUCACCGAAUCUUCACUAAUACGUUUCGUACAGCGGUUCGUCCACGGUCCUCGACUAAGGGUCCGCUCGACCUGGACGACACUCCUCUGAAUGACCCGUUGUCACCAAAAGCCGCCGCCACAGAAGACACGACGCAGCAACGCCCAAUAUCAGGACAACGCUCGCCAGCGCUGCCUCACUCUCCCGCCGCUCCGCCCGUGAAGACAACCGUCACCAAGGACUUUGGCUUCCUCCUGCGGCCCGAGAUCUACCACACCAUCCAACCCGUCAACGUCCCGGUCGCAUUCAGGAACUCGUCCAAGCAGCCGCCGGCCGAUGCUCCGCUCGAAGACCUGCUGGCAAAGGGCCACUUCCGCGCCGCCGCCAUUGCCGCGGUCCAGGAGCUGACGGCCACGGGCAGCCCAGGCCGGCCGCGGGUCGCACCGUCGGACCACCAGAGGAUCUUUAGCCUGCUGUACACGCGGCUGGCGUGCCUGACGCUCAUCGACGCGACGGCGGUGGCGGCGCAGGAGGUGAGGGCGCUGGAAGAUUUGAAUGCAGGCGUCUACAUUGACGAGACCACGGGCGAGCACUUGGUGCCCUGGGAGCUGCGCGUGCUUAACGUACGGCUACAGGCUCUCGGGUUCAGCGACCCGCGCAGGUCCGUCAUGAGCUACCACGACCUGGCGCGGGAGGCGCGCGAGCAGAUCAGCAAGGCGACGGCACGGCACGAUAACUCGGCGAGGGAGCUCUGGAAGGCGCGGCUGCAGGAUCUGGGUGUUGCUGUCGCGGGCGCGCUGGUGGAGAUGGAUGACCCCGCCGGCGCGGCGCAUCACUUGGCUACGCUCAAGGACCGCGGGAACGGAAAGAUGGCGCUGUCGAGGGCUCUGCUGUGGCUUCACUUGGGGGAUGCGGACGCGGCGAGGCGCUGCGUUGUGCCAGGGGAGGGCUCUGGGGAGGACGGGAAGCAUGCUGAGACGGUUGUGGGCGCGCUUUGUCAGAUGGCUGAUGGGGAGUAUGAGGCGGCGCUUGCGACCUGGAGAGGUCUGAGGGAGGAAGUUGCGGAUGAGAUGAUUGGUGUCAACAUGGCGGUGUGUCUUCUUUACACUGGCAAGUUGACAGAGGCACGAGCCAUUUUUGAGGACAUGGUCGGAUCCGGCUACUCAUCGCACACUCUCUUGUUUAACCUCAGCACAACCUACGAACUCUGCACGGAGCGGAAUCGGAACCUGAAGGUGAGGCUCGUUGAUAAGGUGGCCGAUCUGGAGGAGACUCCAAGAGGCUGGGAGAAGAACAAUGCCGACUUUAAGUUGUAA